CCGGAGGUCUGAGCCGCUCCGAGCGCAAAGCGGCGGAGCGGGUCCGGAGGUUGCGGGAGGAGCAGCAGAGGGAGCGCCUCCGCCAGGUACGCCGCCGCCGCUUCCCGGCCCGGCAAUGCCCGGCCCGCGCCGCCGCUCACCGCCCGCCUGCCCGCAGGUGUCGCGCAUCCUGAGGAAGGCGGCGGCGGAGCGCAGCGCCGAGGAGGGCCGGCUGCUGGCCGAGAGCGCGGACCUGGUAACGGAGCUGCAGGGCCGGAGCCGGCGGCGCGAGGGCCUGAAGCGGCGGCAGGAGGAGGUGUGCGACGACCCAGAGGAGCUGCGGGGGAAGGUUCGGGAGCUGGCCGGCGCCGUCCGGAACGCCAAAUACUUGAUCGUCUACACAGGCGCGGGAAUCAGCACGGCAGCGUCUAUCCCAGACUACAGGGGCCCUAAUGGAGUGUGGACACUGCUUCAGAAAGGGAGAAGCGUUAGUGCUGCCGACCUGAGUGAGGCCGAGCCAACCCUCACCCACAUGAGCAUCACCCGUUUGCAUGAGCAGAAGCUGGUGCAGCAUGUGGUGUCUCAGAACUGUGACGGGCUUCACCUGAGGAGUGGGCUGCCACGCACGGCCAUCUCAGAGCUCCACGGGAACAUGUACAUUGAAGUCUGUACUUCCUGCGUUCCCAACAGGGAGUACGUGCGGGUGUUCGAUGUGACAGAGCGCACCGCCCUCCACAGACACCAGACAGGCCGGACCUGCCACAAGUGUGGGACCCAGCUGCGGGACACCAUUGUGCACUUUGGGGAGAGGGGGACGUUGGGGCAGCCUCUGAACUGGGAAGCAGCGACCGAGGCUGCCAGCAGAGCAGACACCAUCCUGUGUCUAGGGUCCAGCCUGAAGGUUCUAAAGAAAUACCCACGCCUCUGGUGCAUGACCAAGCCCCCUAGCCGGCGGCCGAAGCUCUACAUCGUGAACCUGCAGUGGACCCCAAAGGAUGACUGGGCUGCCCUGAAGCUACAUGGGAAGUGUGAUGACGUCAUGCGGCUCCUCAUGGCCGAGCUGGGCUUGGAGAUCCCCGCCUAUAGCAGGUGAGUGGGCCAUUGCAGCAGCCUGCUUCCCCGCACCUCUGUGUGCUGGGCCUUGUCUGUCUUCUCUCGUGAGCUGAGCGUGGAGGAAGCUCUGAGGUGUUUGUAGCGGUGUCUGAGGCAUGACUGAGGCUUGGUGGUCUCCAGAGGGCCUGACCUCGGUGUUUGGCGGAGACCCUGCGUGUGUCACUCCUGCCCUGGCUGAUGUGGCACACACAAUCCCCGCGGGGAGAGGGAUUCUGCCCGUGUGCUCCUGCUCCAGGCGUCCCCGUGGAGCUCUCUGAGAUGCCUGGUGGGAAGCAUCUGGAGGGGACGAGCACUCAGCAGCUCUGGUCAGACGAAUCUGUGUGCUUGGUUUUGGGAGUUGGCGUACUUUGGGAAAGCUUAAACAAACUGUGCCUUAAUACAGAAUUUGUGAUAAUUUAGACUUGGUGUAUGUAUUGAGUAAAAAGUUUACACUCUCUUUCUCUGUGAAUUUUCAGGGUCUUAUAGGGGAAAUCAAUAACUUCUUUUAAUCAAAGGGUUCAAGAAAUUAAGGAUCCCUUCACCUUCUGGGCCUGGCACUUCUUGUAUGUUAUGUGUGUGGUGUUCUGUGAUGUGGGCUAUCGUGUACUGUAUUUUUUUUUUUUACAUUAACUUAGCUCAUUUUCCUUAUCAGUGCGUAUCUGUAUCUUAAGUUAUGAUCUGUGGUUCUGCAUCUCAGUCAGACACAUGCUUUCUUCACGGUGUCGUCUGUAGGCCACGCCUCCCUAGUCAGCUGGGAAGGGGGAGAGGGUCUGGUCCACCUGCCCCUGGCGGUACAAGUGGAAGGUGGGGCCCAGAGUUGCUAGUGACUCAUCCCUGGAGACGGAGGCAGCCCUGGGGCCACUGCUGCCCCACCCUGUGUGUGCACGCCGCUCAGUGGUGGACGAGGACACGGAGUUCUGAGGAGACCAGGCUAGUGUGGGUGCUGACCUUUGAGUCACCAGCUAAGAGGUGACCUCUCCCGCAUCCGUUCUGCAGCUUGGUAAUAACGAAGCUGCCACCAACCAUAGCCCCGCCGCAGUUGACACGGGAGGGAAGGGGAUGGGAAGGCAGGGACCGCAGACAGCUUUCCCGAGCUGGGGCGGGUGUGACUGCGAGAGGCCCCCAGGCCCGCCUGAUGCCACUUUCCCUUUUUGGCAGGUGGCAGGAUCCCAUUUUCUCACUGGCGACUCCUCUGCGUGAUGGCGAAGAAGGCAGCCACAGUCGGAAGUCGCUGUGCAGAAGCAGAGAGGAGGCCCCGCCUGGGGACCGGGGUGCACCGCUUAGCUCGGCCCCCAUCCUAGGGGGCUGGUUUGGCAGGGGCUGCACAAA